AUGGCAGUAAGUAAAAGAUGGGAACAAGCAAAGUUUCAUCAUCUAUGUUAUCGUUGUUUGGGUAAUGAUCAUGUUGGAAACAAAUGCGAGAAAUCAAGAAAAUGUGGAACCGAUGGUUGUCAGGAAGUUCAUAACAGACUAUUGCAUUUAAAGAAACAAACGAGAGAAAAAAGGGAAGAAACAACUCUUCUUACCAAGUUUUCAAGUAAAAAUCAAAGUCAAGAAGUGGCUAUGAGAACUUUACCUGUCAUUUUAACAAAUGGAAAGCUGUCGAUAAAAGUUAACGCUCUAUUGGAUGAUGCUAGUACCCAAACCUAUAUAAACAGUGAUGUAGCUGCAGAACUUGGAUUACAAGGAGUAAUGAAAGAAAUUAAGAUUAAUGUACUCAAUGGUAGAGUAGACACAUUUCAAACAAUGCCGGUUGAAUUUCAGUUGCAAAGCAUUGAUGGUAAAUUGAAAAAGUAG